AACAUUUAUAACGUAAUUUAUAAGAUUAAAUAUAGACAAAAUUAGUGUGAUACACUAUUCAAAAACUGAUACACAAAAGUCAACAAAAGGGAGAUUGGGAUUACAUCAAAUGGAAGGAGGAGGAAGAAGAGUAGUAGUUAAUAAUUACGAUCUACAACAAGUGACGAUCCAAGAGAAUAUGAACUUCCUCAUUCCAUUUGAAGAAACCAAUGUCUUAACCUUCUUUUCUUCCUCUUCUUCAUCUUCUCUCUCAUCUCCUUCUUUCCCCUUCCACAACUCUUCUUCAACCACUAAUACUGCUCAUGCACCUUUAGGGUUUCCUAAUAAUCUUCAGGGUGGAGGACCCUUGGGAUCAAAGGUGGUUAAUGAUGAUCAAGAUAAUUUUAGAGGUGGAAUUAACAAUGAUGCGCAUUCUAGUUCUUGGUGGAGAUCAAGUAGUGGGAGUGGAGAGUCGAAGAACAAAGUGAAGAUAAGGAGGAAACUAAGAGAGCCAAGAUUCUGUUUCCAGACAAAUAGCGAUGUAGACGUUCUUGACGAUGGCUACAAAUGGCGUAAAUACGGUCAGAAAAUCGUCAAGAACAGCCUUCACCCCAGGAGUUAUUACAGAUGCACACACAACAACUGUACGGUGAAGAAGAGAGUGGAGCGGCUGUCGGAAGAUUGUAGAAUGGUGAUUACUACUUACGAAGGUCGUCACAGCCACAUUCCCUCUGAUGAAUCCACUUCUCCUGACCAUGAUUGUCUCUCUUCCUUUUAAUAUCUAUCCUUAUCUCUCUCCCUACAUAUACAUAGACAGAUAUAUGCACACAUAGAUGUGUGAUAUAUUGCAUAUUUAUGUUGCAUGUGUACUUUUGGGGUCAAACUGCAUGUGUUUUCAAGAGUAUAUCAUCAGAUGCUUUACAUA